AUGGCGCACCAGAUCCCCAAGGUCGCCCACACCCUCGUCGAGAUCGCCGAGGCCGCGCGGCUGCGGGCGGAGAACGCCGUCCUGCGCGCCCGCCUCGCGGACGACCUCGCCCUCCUUCGCGAGCUUCAGGGCGCACACUUUGUUUCCCAGGAGUGCCCUCCCGACUUGCAUAAUCGUCUUGUAGCAUCAGUCAACAAUGCUGGCUUCCUUGCCCAUCUCGAGAAAGUACGAGACGAGCCGCUGCAUCAACAUACCAAACUGUCUAUUGGCGGUGUGACAGAGGUGGACAUUGGAGAUAUUCCUUACACUAAAGAUGAGGGGAAGACUGGCUCAUGGCUCUUGGUUUCCUGUGAUACUGCUGGGGGCAAUCUGGAGGAAAUUAGUGGAAUUGAUGACGAAAAUUAUGUGAUGGUUAAUGAAGAUGACAUCGUCGAUGCUAUCGCUACCUUUGUUGCUAGGUGCAUUCUUGAAGAUCCAAAGUCCAAGUCAUUGUCAUCGAAAGAGCUGCAAAAAGCUGUUGCAACGGCAUUGAGCAGCAUGACAGACAGGAAGAAAUGGAUAAGUUUCUGGGAGGCUGGAAAGGUGAUCUACAUACUGGCAACUUGGGGGAUCACAAUAGCAGGGCUGUACAGGAGUCGUGCCGUCCUGAAGAUGGCAGCCAAAGGAGCUGUCGUCUCCACCAAAUUUAUCAUGAAGGCAUUGUGA